GAAUAUGAAGAGCUUAGAGCAGAAAAUAAGAAAGCGAAAGAGGAGUGUCACAAAAUCAAGCAAGAACGAGAUGAGGCUGUCAAAAAACUGGAGGAGUUUCAGAAAAUUUCUCACAUGGUUAUUGAGGAAGUAAACUGUAUUCAGAACCAUCUUGAAAUUGAGAAGACGUGCCGUGAAAGUGCUGAGGCUUUGGCUUCUAAGCUGAACAAAGAAAAUAAGACCUUGAAAAGAAUUAGUAUGCUUUAUAUGGCAAAACUGGGCCCAGAAAUUAUCACUGAAGAGAUUAACAUUGAUGAGGACGAUUCAUCCACAGAUACGGAAGCCAGCUCUGGAUCGUGCAAUUCUGUGCAUUGUCAGCAGCAAAUAAAAGAGCUGCGAGAUCAAAUCAUAUCUGUUCAUGAGGAAAAGAAGACCUUAGCCAUUGAACUGGAAAACCUGAGGUGCAAACUUGUAGAAGUAAUUGAAGAAGUGAAUAAAGUGAAAGAAGAAAAGACUAUUCUGACAACAGAAGUUAAUAAGCAGCAAAAACUGUUGGAGAAGUGUAACAGAGUGUCUGUGCUGGCGGUAGAGGAAUAUGAAGAGCUUCAUGUAAACUUUGAACUGGAAAAGAACCUGCGGAAGAAAGCAGAGUCAUUUGCACAAGAGAUGUUUAUUGAACAAAACAAGAUGAAAAGGCAAAGUCAGUUGCUUCUGCAAAAUUCUGCUCCUGAUCAACAGCUUUUGAAGGCUUUGGAUGACAAUGCUAAGCUAACCCACACAUUAGAAGAAGAGAGGCUUCAACACCAACAAAAGAUCAAGGAAUUGGAAGAGCAGCUAGAGAAUCAAGCACUCCAUAAGGAGAUUAGUCGUCUUAAACAGCAACUAGAACUUUUGGAAGAAGAUAAAAAGGAACUAGAGCUUAAGUGUCAGAACUCAGAAGAAAAAGCUAGAGACCUAAAGCAUUCAGUUGAUGAACUUCAAAAACGAAUACAGCAGUCUGAAAAUCCUGCACCUCCUCCUCCACCACCACCCCCUCCUCCUCUUCCGCCUCCCCCUCCUCCUAACCCUAUACGGUCUCUCAUGUCAAUGAUUCGCAAGAGAUCUCACUCCAACACUAAUGUGAGCAAGAAGGAGAAACCUCCUCAGCAGGAGUCAGGUGAAGAAGUUACGGAUCUGAAGAGACAAGCUGUUGAAGAAAUGAUGGACAGAAUUAAAAAGGGAGUUCAUCUGAGACCAGUCAACCAGUCAAGCAGGCCUAAAACAAAGCCAGAAACACCAAAGCCCUCUGAAAGUGCAAUGAAAGAAUUAAAAGGGAUUCUGGAAACAUUGAAUAAAUCCACUAGUUCCCGAAGCUUGAAGUCCCUUGAAACAGACAGCAGUGAAACAGAGCUGGAACGAGUUCUGCGACGCCGGAAAGUGACCACUGAUCAGGACAGUGGCAGUCCCACUGGAAUCUUGGCCGCCACAGAAUCAAAAUCUCUGCCUGUGCUAGGUUCGGGAGCCAGUGCCGCACAAACAGCAUUGAACAAGAAAGACCUGGAGACAGAAUUCAGUUCCAAAGUACCUGACUCGGGUCCUGUCUCUAACCAGGGUGUCACAGGCUCCAAGCCUACAUUGCAAUCAACUAGUCAUACAGAAUUUACAAGAAACGCUUCUAGCGGUGAAAAAGAGACAGAAUCCGUUGUAGUUUUAGAUCCCGUUUCCAGCAGUGAGGAUCAGAUGUCUGAAAAGGUGCUGAAUCAGAACAAAAUGAAAGAUGAAAAAAGCAAGCCGCUGCAUAAAGAAACUAAUGUUGAGAAAAUAAAAGAAACAGACAGUUCUAACUGUUAAUUGUUACUCUGAAAGGGUGUAACUUCUGGGAAUCAUUAUCUGGAGAUGUACAUUGCUUAGGUGUGUUACUAGGGGUUACGGUCUGUACUCCAAACCGUUUUCAAUGAUAUAGAUUGAAAUGGUCUUUUGUAUGCAGUUUUGUUACAUGCAUUAAAGCAUUAAAUAACUAUGUAUCACUCAAAAUCCCUUUCCCAUUUUAAUUUUGCAGGUAUGGUUAUUGUUUUCUUAGGUAGUGUCAGUUACCUUUACUUAAAAACUGUAUUUGAAAAGGCUUUUUUAAUUAUUCUUUUAUUCAGAAGAUGCCUUGUUAAAGGUCCAUUCUAAAGCUGGCCAGAAGUCCCUUGCAUCCCUUUUGAGUUGGACAGGUCUGGGU